AUGUCUCAAAUUAUAUCUCAAAUUUAUUACAAGUUCAAAAGUGCUAAAGAUUAUGAUACACUUACUUUCGAUGGGCUGGGAAUCUCUGUAUUUGACGCCAAAAAAGAAAUCCUGACCGCAAAAAAAUUAAAAGGAAAUGACUUUGAUAUUAUAGUGUCUCACGCUGAAUCAGGUGAAGAUUAUCAAGAAGAUACUGCGACUAUACCAAGAAAUACCCCAAUUGUAGUAAAGCGCGUCCCAACUAAACCUGGGAAAGGGACCGCACAUCGUUAUUUGGAAGGUGGUGGGCCUACAACGCAACGUAAUUAUGUAGCUAAUAACAGAGGGAGUAUAGUAUCCGCUAAUGGAUCUAUGUCAAAAACAUUUGACCCAUCGAAGCAACCCCAACAGGUGUCUCGUUUAACUCCAACUCCUGCUACACAGCAAACAGAUGAGCAUCAAACAGAAGAUGAUAAAAUUCAAGCAAUGUUUGCACAAUCAAAGGAGUUUUGGGAAAUAACUCAAGAGCAGAUGGCUUCACCUAAUCAAGUUCGUCCAUCAGUCAAGCCACCGGUUCAAAAAACUUUGCCGCCAAAUUAUGUAUGUUAUAGAUGUGGACAGAAAGGCCACUGGAUUCAAGCAUGCCCGACGAAUGGUGACAGAUCCUUUGAUCAUAUGAAGGUCAGAAAAACAACUGGUAUACCGAGAAGUUUUUUACAAAAAGUAGAACAAGUGCCGCCAGGGAAAGGUGUUCUUGUCACACAAGAUGGAAACCUAGUUAUUGCACAAGCAAAUGAGGCUGCUUGGCAAAAGUUCCACGCUCGUCAGAAAUCAUAUGUAACAUCUAAUGAAGUUCUAGAAGAUACACUACCGAUUCCGGCCGAACUUCAAUGCAUGCUAUGCUCUCGACUUCUGAAAGAAGCUGUUAUUACUCCGUGUUGUCGGGCUUCAUUUUGUGAUGAAU